CUGAACUCUCUCUUCAUUCAUAUGACAGUGAAUGCAAUACUAAUGAAAUUGUAUUUGUCUUAAGCCUUAAUACCAUAAGUAAUAGACCAUUGAAUAGACCAUUGAAUAGACCAUUGAUUUGAUAGGAAUUGAGUGAUCAGUGAAUCGCUAUCUGACUCGAGAGUGAAAUAAUUGAUUGCAUUUGUGGUAAGAGUGGAGACCAUGUAUUCGGUAUCGAAAGAGCAUAAGGGAAACAAGAUCUUCGCCAAAACCAGAAGAGGUAUACCUCAGAAGUUGGAUAACCUGGAGACCAAUACGAGAGACAACAACAAUGGCUUCCGAAGAGACCUCAACGGCUUUCAGGCCAACGAUUGUCUCAGCGGGUCAUCAAAUCCGCGGCCAGUGUUUCACAUGAAUGGCCGCAAGACUUACCACCAGCGAAGUCAUAGCGAAAUGGGGAUCAGUGCUCACCACCAAGAAAUGGUUCAAUACAUCCACGAAAGCUGGAAAUGCGUGAAACGAGAUUUGGACACAAAUGUGAGACAUUCAGUGAGUGGAGACCACAAGAACUCGAACAUAAAAGAGAUAAAAGUGCCUCAAAUCAGUUAUCAUAAACUCGAUAAGACAUCACAUCUGCCAAAAUUCGAGCCCUUCGACCUCGAGAGCUUUUGGGGACAAAGACUUUUCCAGAAUAUCACUCAAUCCACUUAAAGUCGUCGUCUUUUAAGCUUUUAUUUCAUUGAUUAUUGUGUUCUUGAUUUGAGUUUUAGUUUUUUUUGGCAAAAAUUGAUUUA